AUGAGUAUGAGUGUAGCAGAAUAAUAAUCGAGAGAUAUUAAGAGAAGAUCAAGAAAUGAAUAGACUGGUCGAGAUUUCAAAUGCUAAAAUGAGUAUUCAAGAGCAGAUCCUACUACUGAAAUAUACUUAAAAUCUGAAGGUAGAGGGGGAGGUCCAAAUGAACCACUUCUUGGAUUUGAAGAGAUAUUCCUUGAUUUAUAACAGAGACAAUUUAUUUCUCAAUAAAUUCCUAGUGCAAAAGAUCACCCACUGCAUGAAAUUCUUGCAAAAUACUCUUAAAGUCUAACUCCUGGAGGAGACUUAGAGGAGUAGGUUAUAGAUGACAGCAUACCUGGAUAGAAUGAAAACACUGCUUAAAUUUAAGAAAGUAAGCCAAUCAUAAAAAAGCAAAACUUCAAACAAAUAAGCAUUCACAUUGCUUAAAUGAGUGAGGAAUGGAGGGUAAUGUUGAGUUCAGACGAAAUAUUUGGAUUGUAUCUUAGAGAUGUUGCGAGUAAAACAAACUAGUUAUUUUACAAGAAUAUGCUCAGAUUCAUAAUGUUGUACCGUGAAUGUUUGAAUGAAAAUGGAUGGUAAAAGUUAGCUGAGUCUUAGUGUAGAGAAGCUAAAUAGACUUUAGAAGAAAGAAAUAUAACUGCUAGAAUGGCUACUUUCAAGGAUGUAAUGUACAUUCAUGAAUUUUGCAGUAUAAAUAAUAGCGAAGUAGCCCCUGAAAUUUGCAAUGAAUUCGUGACUACUUUUCUAGAAAUGAGGAAAGAUUGUGGUCUAGAAAAAUUAGAAGCCAUUGAUUAUACGAGAAAUUUUUGUCAUUGGCUUUUUAUUAAUGGACAUACUUGCUCCAAAUUGUCAAUGAUUACUUGA